AUAACGAGCAAAUGGACAAAUAACGGGUCCGUGGACGGGGGGGGGGCGUGCCGGAGCGUCGAAAGGGGUUGUACAUGAUAUCCGGACAAAUAGUGGGCAAAUGGACAAAUAGUGGUCCCGUGGACGGGGGGGUCUCGGGGGGGUCGUGGGGGGCACCCCCGUGACUCAAGGGCGCCCCUGGAGGUGUCCGUACGGCCACGUCCCCCUCUUACCCCCAUUACUGCCGGAAAAAUGGGAUCGUACAUUUGCCUGUUAUCUAAAUGGGCUGGGGCGUCCAAUAGAGGUGUACGGUCCCUCGCUCAUACUAUGUGUACGUUGGCAAAUUAUUUGAAUGGACUUUUGUCCACGAACCCUCUAAUAGUGCUUACUCUACACAAGACGAACCGGCGUUCAGCCCGGCGCAGAUGUCCCUGACCGCCGAGGAAUACUCAUGGUUUCGGCGGUUCCUGGCUCUGCGCGACCGGCUGGUCGGCAGGCCGGACGCCCGGUUGUUUUUUUUCACAUCGACACCCAACCCCUGCAAGAACCUAAAUAACUAUUUUCUGGGGGCUUGGGUGUCGAUGGGCCUGCCGGGGAAACCGACUUUUAUGGACGUGAGGACCUCCAUCGCCACCCACGCCCGUAACACCCACUCGAAGGCCGACCGUGAUAAAGUGGCAAAGUUUGCUCUUCGAGGGGGCGUUGGUGGGGGAGGAGGUCUCGCCCGCGAAGCCAGCCGCGGAGGAAAAGAGGGGCGGAAGCGAAAGGCCAAGAGCAAGCACGGCCGGGGAGCAGCCAAAAGACGGAGGGACGAGUCCCCGCCCUCCUCACCGCCCACCUCCGAAAGCAGUCUGGAGGAGGAAGGCGAGGCGGUGCCCUACCAGGAGUCCGGGGUGUCCAGCCUCGACUCUCCCCCUAGCUUGGAAAAGUACCCGGGGGAAAAGGCAGAAAGCCCGGACUCCACCUCCUCAGUCGGGGCGUCCCCGGUUCGGACACCCAGCGACCUGUCCGCCCCCUCCGCGGAACCGGCUUCGCCGGCGGUCCACCAACCAGAGGAGGCUGACCCCGAGCAGGCAGACCCGGAACCCGAGCAGGCCGUACCGGCGCUGGACCUCCUAAGCCGGCCGAAGAGGGGCGUCGGGGCCGCCAGGAAAGAGGUGGUGGUCCUGACGCCCGUCAAGCCUGCCAUGAGCCCUUUGAGCUGGAGUAAAAUCUUCAGGGUCUCGGGCGGGCCAUGGAAAAGGCCAGAAAGUAGUUACGAGAUUGUUAAAAUGUUCUGUGUUCCGUGUUCUAUAAAUGUGUUCAUUGUGUGGUUUUUUAUCAAUAAAUGUUCAUGUUCUUUUCAAAAAUGACACUUGUCUUCAUUUCUGGUUUUGACAAUAAUAAAUUCCAAGUAAUCAAACAACACUUAAGUACAUCAGAUACUACUGUAAACCACCGAGAAACCUUUUGUUAGAAUUUUUUUAGGGUCAAACCAUAUUUGCAGCUGACUAUUUUGUCAUGCUAACACAUUAAGUGCGUACACCAAAUUUCCAGCGUACACCUGGCGUACAUCCAAAACCACGGUGACUUUGAGAUUUAUUAAUAUGGACAUUGGCGUAUGGCAGUCUCAAAUCCUAUGCCAGCUCAGGAGGUGGUGUACGCACAUUUUGAGUUAAAAACAUACUAAAAGUUUACCAAAGUUUGACUCCAAGAAAGGCUCAAUUUUCAAAAUGGCGGCUGUCAGGUCCUUAAAAUGACCAUUACUCCGUUGUAUUCCCCCUAAACCAGGAAUACUGGUGCCAGAUACAUGUUUUGACCAUGCAAUAUUUUAAUAAGCAUAUUUGAAUAAAAGAUGAGUGAUUACAAGUACAAUUAUAUAUUAAUGAAAUUGGUUACAAGCAUAUUUAUGCGAAAAACAAGUACAAGAAAUUGCAUAUUUCCUCUUUCCCAUAAUGUUUUGCCUAAUGUUAAUGGUUUCUGUAGUUCAAACCAUUCUUUUGAUUCCAAUAAAAAAUAAAUUAAUUAGAACUGUGUGGUACUGUAAAAUUACUCAAAAGAGGGCUGCCAUGUGAAGGUUCAGUACCGAUAACCCCUUUUAUUUAUUUAUUUUAAAAUGUAUUAGCUUUUAUGUUUAGUAUCACUUCAGAGUGGGUUUGGUUGUGCUGGCUGGGAGUACAUUGCAGUAGUCCAGUCUGGACAGGACAAGAUCCUAGGACUAGAACUUGUGUAGCAUGCUCAGAUAGAAAAGGUCUAAAUUUUACUAAUGUUGUAGAGAAUGAAUCUACAAGAGUGGGUGGUGCUGGCAACAUGCUCUGUGAAACUAAGCUGACCAUCACUGACCAAACCCAGGUUUCUGGCUGUCCUGAAAGGCGUAAUGGUCAAAGAACCAAGUUGAAUAAAAAAAAGAUUGUGAUGAAUCUUAGGGCCAGAUGAUAUGACAAGCAGUUUUGUCUUUGCUAAAUUCAGCUGGAGAUGAUAAUCCUUCAUCCAGAGUGGCAUGGCAGAGGUAGGAAAAGCCAUGUUUCUCAAAUGAUAGAACCCAGGAAUGUCAUGUCAAUGUCAUAGAAAAGAGCAGUGGUCCAAGCACUGAGCCUUGAGGUACCCCGGUAACGAGGUGUGUCCCAAAAGGGAAACACGCAAAAUCUGCAAUACUAGUGGUCCUCCAUCACAGAUUUGAAAACCGCUGCUCUAAAUGACCUCCCUGAGAGG